UCGCCUUUACUGCAGCUGAGCAUGCGCAGGAGACUUGCGUGCCAUAGCAACCGGAUCAGCGACAGUAGCAACCGUAAUGGCAAAAGCAACAACUAUUAAAGAAGCUCUAGCCAGAUGGGAAGAAAAAAAUGGCCAGAAGGCAUCGGAGGCCAAGGAGGUGAAACUAUAUGCCCAGAUUCCUCCUGUAGAGAAGAUGGAUGCAUCUCUGUCCACACUUGUUAACUGCGAGAAGUUGUCUCUGUCUACAAACUGCAUUGAAAAAAUCGCCAACCUGAACGGCCUAAAAAACUUGCGGAUUCUUUCAUUGGGGAGAAACAACAUAAAGAAUCUGAAUGGGCUGGAGGCAGUUGGAGAUACAUUAGAGGAGCUGUGGAUCUCAUACAACUUAAUUGAGAAGCUGAAGGGCAUCCAUGUCAUGAAGAAGCUGAAGAUUCUCUAUAUGUCCAAUAAUUCGGUGAAAGAUUGGGGAGAGUUUGUGAGACUGGCAGACUUGCCAUUCCUGGAGGAUCUGGUGUUUGUGGGCAAUCCACUGGAAGAGAAAUACUCUGCCGAUCAGCAGAGCAGCUGGGUCGAGGAAGCAACCAAACGAGUGCCCAGGCUGAAAAAACUAGAUGGUGUCCCAGUUAUUAAACAAGAAGAAGGUGAAGAAGGAGAAAACUAACACAACUCUUUCUUGUGUGGUAUUAUAUUAUUUAAGUUUCUUCAGAGCAAUUCAGCACACAAAGCUUUUGUAUAAAUGUUUGUUUCAAAGAAAAUAUUUGGGUAAUUUUUUUUAACUAACUCAUCUCCAUACUCUCCUUUCCUCACCCAAAGAGUUAAUUACUAAAACAUGGGGAUACUGACUUUGUACAUUUCACGUGCUCUUCUGUGAGGACUAUUGAAAGUGAGAUUGUCUGUCUGAUUAAUUUAACGAGAGACCUUAACUAAAACUACGUACUGAUUUUUA